UUGUCUUGUACUUGCAAUAAAUGCCAACCCAACAAUCACUUGUUCAACUAAAGAUUAUUCAAUCGGGCUCAUAAAUUAUUUCAUUAAAGCUAAAAUCUGAUUGUGUAGCAUAAUCUUCAUCGUAACAUUAAUUGAAGAUGCACGGAAACUUAUAUGAGUCAUCGUGUAGAUGACCGUUGUGGCUUACUUUCUAUACACUAGUAACUAAAAUACUCAAAAAUGUCUGAGGUAAAAGGGACGAAGGCCUUGGAAUUAUGGUGUAAACGCCUAAUUAAGGAUUGCCCUAAUGUGCAGAUUGAUAAUAUGACUACGUCAUGGAGAAAUGGUAUCGCUUUUUGUGCAUUAGUUCAUCACUUCAGGCCUGAGUUAAUAGAUAUAUCAAGUUUAAAACCGGAAAACAUUUAUGAAAACAACCAGCAGGCAUUUAGUAUUGCAGAGAAACAUCUGGGAAUCCCCGCGCUGUUGGAUCCUGAGGAUAUGGUGGAAAACGAAGUGCCAGACAGAUUGUCUAUUCUCACUUAUUUGUCUCAGUUUUAUCAACGUCUUGGCUACACAGUAAACACUAAAGCCUCCGAAAAUGAAUCCAAGACCCCAGAGCCUCCGUCAACCUCUACAGCAGCGGCACCAUUCAAAUUUGGAAAGACAGGUCUAGACAAGUGUGCUGCAUGUGGCCUGCCUGUUUACCUCGCACAGCGUCUCAUGGUCUCACACAAGCUCUAUCAUAGGAGAUGUUUCCGUUGCUCCAAGUGCUCGGGUCACUUGAACCCCAAAAAUUUUCAAGUUAUCGAAGGAUCUGAUUUUUUUUGUGAUAGUUGCAAAAAUGAAAAGACAAUGCCUGCAUUUCUUAACAAUAAUGACCAAAUAGGAAUGUUAGCAUUUCAUGAAGACUUGUCUAAACCUCAUGAGCUCCCCUGUGAAGAGCCUAUUGUCCCAAAACAUAAGACAAGGCCUCGUUCAAUCUUAGAGAAAAUAAGCAUGUUCGAAAAGCAAUCAGAUAAAGAAGUUAGUCUAGAAGACAAGUUAGUGAAUAUGUCUUUAUCUGACAAUUUAGAUAGUAAACUUAAAGACAGUACACCUAGUGUUUUAAACACAAGCAAGUUACAAUCUCAAGCAGCAGACAAUAUGGAGUCAGUAGUUGACAAUGCCGGUGCUAAAGAAAAUACCGAAUUAUUUAAACAAAACCCUGAAAAAGUUUACAAGAGCAAUAUAAAUAAAUUUAAUUUUUUACAAACGCAACUCGCUGACGAUACUAAUGGUGACAAUCAGUAUACUGUUGGCGAUACUGAGAUACAACAUGAAAAUUUUAACGAUUCGAAAGAUGAUAACGAAGUCAGUGAUUCUGGUUUUAAGGAAAAAUUUGACUCCAUUGAAAGUGUGCGUAAAGACGAGAGUAAUAUAACUGAUGAUAUUAGAAUAGCGAAAAACCAUUUUAAUUCGCCUCCCGAAACUGACUGUUCUCCAACAGAAACAAAUGAAUCUAUUAUUAUUGAGCCACAAAUAUCGAUUAGUGUACCCCCACGGAAGAAAAAAAACCCUACGCCGAGUGGAAAAUCGACAGUUAAAAAAGCGGACAAUGAGAAAAAAGGCGACACUAAACUUUAUCCCGACCAUUUAAACCCGUUUUCGGACGAUGAAGAAGAGGAGGAAGCCAGUAAAGAGACAUCAAAGCCAGUGAGCACCAAUCCUUUUGGCAGCAGCGACGAGGAAGACGACGAUGUGCCACCGAUCCAUCCUCCGAGACUGCCCACUGAACAAACUUCAACUCCCACGAAACGCUUGAUAGCCGCCAACCCCUUUUGGUCAGACGGGGAGGAACCCUCGUCCGACGAUGAACCUCACUAUGGAAGUACAAACAUGUACAAGUCGUCAUUGACCACAAGCACGCCGAACCUGCCGAGCGGGCGCCGGAAGAAAGUGAAGGCGCCGCCGCCGCCGCCAGUGCUCAAGGUCACCGAGGUCCCCGCCACGUCCAUGGACGAUGUCGCGAGCAUAUCCUCACUCAGCUCUUACACGUCCACCGUACAUUCUGACCAAAAAUCAUACGGCAUGUCGACUCCAAGGCUAAAAAAGAAACGUAUAGCGCCAACACCACCAGACAGCAUGUCCAUGUCCGGCUGUGGUUCUAUGGAGAAAGGCGUCGACCACUCCGACAUAAGAAAUCACUCUGAUGGUGGACGUCGUCUGAAAGGCCCAGCGCCCGGCCUUCCGCUGCCGGAGCGGCGCGAAGUGAAAAUGCAGAUGUCUCCCGAAGAGCUGCAGGUGCAACUCGACAUGCUGGAGACACAGCAGCUGGGCCUGGAGCGGCAGGGCGUGCUCAUUGAGCAGAUGAUCCGGGACAAGUGCGAAGGAGAGGAUGCAGUACCAGCGCCGCAGGAGGAAGUGGAAGAUCUCGUCAUUCAACUAUGCGAGCUGGUCAACGAGAAGAACGAUCUGUUCAGGAAACAAACGGAGCUCAUGUAUAUUCGGCGACAGCAGCGAUUGGAACAAGAGCAGGCUGAUAUCGAGCACGAAAUCAGGGUGAUUCAGUCGCGGCCCGCGGUUAAUCGCAUCGAUGCCGAUAAGGCCCGCGAAGAGCAGCUGGUGUCGCGGCUGGUGCAGAUCGUGCGCAUGCGCGACGAGCUGGUUCAGCAGAUCGACGCCGAGCGCCGCCGCGAGCGCCAGGAGGACCUCGCCAUCGCCUGCUCCAUCGCCACCAAGCGGGCUCAAAGGAACAGCGACUCCAACAGCUCAUCAAUAAAAUCUACGGAGGUUGUCCCUACGCCCAAGAAAAACAAAGUAAAGGACAAAGUUAAAAAGCAACUUAAGAAAGCAAAGCACACUCUUAUUUCAAAGAAAAAAGAUGAUUCAGACAAAAAAGAGGCAAAAUCCGAAAAAGAAAAGAAAUCGAAAUAAUAACACACACGUGAUUAAGUGUAAAAAUAGCAAGAGAGAACAAGGAAAAUCAAAACAAUACUUGUAACAAUUACAGCGGUCAAUAAGCGAAAAGACUUGAUACUCGUAACAUUGAUCAAUUAUCGUAGUAUUUUAUAAAUGUAUGGUUUAUUGACACACAAAAUGACUUGCUCUGUUCAGAAGAAUAAAUAAAUAGCAACCAGCAAAGAUAUUCAAAUACAUGUAAAAUACCCAAAUUUAGUAAAUAGCACUGUGAUUAGUACUUACGUAUUGGUAAACUAACGGAGACUAACAAACUAGUAUUAUUAAUAACUCGCUACUAUUAUUACGUCUUAGUUUUGAUAAUGGACACAAUUUUCGUACCAUUCGUACGUAUCACAUUAUUUGUAUUUAAGUUUAUGGCCUUCGCUAUAAGCGACGCUGUUUGUAUGUCCAUAUAAAAUGCUUUACGUUAUUAUUAUGUUCAUAUUUUGAUGCUGUUUUUUUUAUUAAAGCAUAAAAGACAUUUAUAAUGUGUUAAAUAUACUUAAGUGGCAUGGCAUACUAAAGUACUUAAGCAAGACUGAAACAUUCCACUAACUAAAUUAUACAUAUGUUUCUUUGAAAUAUAAAUUGGAGUAAUAACGUGUCAUAAAAAUGUCUUAAUUUUAAUUUAUUUUCCACUAGGUAUUGGGCCUAUAUUGGUAAUGAAAUUACGCUUAGAUACUCAUUAGCAUUACUGAAGUUCGUGUUUCCGAAUGUUCGGUGUUAACGGGAAUCCUUUAGAUCAGAAAGAAAACCUGCAAAAGUGAGUCAGGUGACAGGACAGGAGCAGAAAUUAAAAGGGCUGAAUAAACGCCAAUAUUAGUUAUAUAAAACAAUGCCUAAAGCAAUGUGUUGAAUUUUUUAUUACUAUGGCAAAGAAUUUAUCAAAAUAUUAGUCAUUAAUUUUGUGCCACGCUAACGUAAUAUUAAACUUCGUUAAGUUGUAUUGUUAUAAUAUCGAUAUACACCUCGUAGGCAGACAAAACAGUAGUUGAAUAUAAUUGUGUUCACAAAAAAGCACAAAUAUUGCUAUAUUAAUAUAAUUCCAGAUAUUAUAUCUCGAAUUACACCAUACCUCGACAAUCUGUACGUACGAAACUAAAUGCAUUUGUUGUUUUUAGAUUUUUUUAUUAUUUUGAAGUUAUUUGUAUGUACAGCAAGUAGCAAAAUGUAUACACGGAUGAAGACUUCAGAUCUACAUAUUACAUAAGCAAUGUUAUUUUUGAAAACUCUUCUUUCUGGUAUAUUUUGCUACACAAUAUAUGUUAUUAAAUAUUAUUUAUUGAUUAAGUAAAAAAGCCAGUUUAGUGCUAUAAUUUUUGUAUUCACACUAUGUAAGUUGAUCAUUUUGGCCAAUUGAAAUUUAUAGUUUUGUUUAUUUUGGCCUUAGCCUUGGCUUAGCUUAGGUUUGUUUGACUUUAGCACAUAUAUUUAUAAACGAUUCCUCAACUUUUCCGAACUAAGGGAAAGAGAAAAAGAAGCAACUUGUAGCAGCAAUGCUAAAUCAGAUUGUUAUCAAGGCUUCUUCUUUCGGCUUUAUGUAAAAGGAAGGAUUUAUAUACAUAAAAUGCGUUUCGCUUAUAUGUGUAAUGGUUUUUUUUUAAUAUUUUAUUUAAAAAAAGUAAUCUUCGCAAGUAAAUUUCUCGAUAGCGGGUGCAUAGAUUAGUAUAUGGUGUACCAAAACAUAUAGGUAAUAAAGGAACUAUACCGAAAAAUGUUUCCUAAAUGUAUUCUUUAAAAUCUACUUUGUUUUAAAUAUACUGCCCCGUAUUAUUAUAGAUGAAUAUAUGUUAUUACAACUAAAUUAAAAAAUAAAAUUAAAAUUAAAAAUACGACUUAAUGCCUUCGAAACCUAAAUCUCGAUCUAACCCGUAUAAAAGAUAUUGUUCUGUUUACGGAGGAUGUCUGUACGGAAGGACAAGGAAGCAGAAAUAAUUUUUUUUUAAAUUCCGGACUAUAUUUACCGACAUAUUUUCAAAGGAAUAAGUACUUCUUAAAAAUAAUAAAUCAGUAGGUAUAGGCACAAAAACUUGUCAAGUGACAACCCCGUGCCGACACGCAGCUCGGUCAUAAAACUGCGGCGCGCAAAGAAGAUUCACGGUUCGUGCGCGGUUAUAAGUUUCAAUUUUGCUUGCAGGCGGAGAGUAUAGGUAUAAUUUUAUACCUAAAUCUGACUUUUGUAAACGAGUGAAUUUUCUGUACGGUAGUACUAUUAGUUAUUCUGUGUUAUUAUUAGGUACUUUCUGUAAAGUGUACCCGCAAUUCCACCAGUAUGGCGGGUAUACUUACCUAUUGUGUUGUGAUCGUAUCGUACCAUUAAUUGAUAUUUUUUUAUAAAAAAAUGUACCUACGAUUUGGUAACUUCUUUGAAAUGAUGGUACUAAAUAGUUAUAUGGGGCAUUUUCUAUGAAAAGGGACCUUAUAGUCGAUGGCGCUUACGCCGCACAGCGUCGCGCGGCAUUGUAUUUAUAUCGGAGCAUCGUUUAUAAUGGCGUAAUCGCCAUCGACAAUAAGGUCCCUUUUUAUAGGAAAAAAACACAUAUAUGGAAGUACAUUAGUAAAUUUUUGGUAGUUCUUGUAUUUGCACACCCGCCAUCCUGAUUCACGGCUUCGCAAAUUGUCCCUAAACUGGCAAUAUACUCAUAAGAUGUUGUAUUAAAAAAAUACUCCUGGCUUCCGAAUUAUUACGUGUAUAUAUAUGUAUAUUUGUAUGUGUUUAAUGCACAGGGAUUUUUUAUUUACCACAAAAUUUAUUAAUUAUUUAAUUAUCCACAUAGAGAAAAACACUCGAAUGAGAUGGUCACGUUUUUAUUAUCCUUAAUUAUUAACAUUCUGUUUGUAUCAGUGCACUUAUACUUCGAAUAUGCAAAAUAAAGAUUUAUUUACUACA